AUGCAACAGUUAAGGAGUACUCAUUUUCAAUUAGGAUAGACAGAUUAAAGUAAAUGAUUUUAGAAUUCCCUUAGAGAAUCAAUUUACAUCAAUUAUGAAAAUGAAUUUUUAAGGAGAUUAAGCAAAUAAUCAAAUAAAUGGAGUUGGUGAUAAAUUAAAUUUGAAAGGAGUUCAUUUUCAUUUGGGAGAAUCUAAACGUAAUUAUAAUGUAAAAUAAGAUUAAAGCAUCAUAUAAUACCAUUUUUAAAACUGAUUUUUAGGGAAAGUAAACUGGAGAACCUGCUACUUUAAAUUAAGAAUAGAAAAAUGAUUUAAGAACUAACCAUUUUGUACUUGGUCAUUAAGAAGUUCGUAAAGUCUCUGUAAAUAGAGCAACUUAUAAUGAAAAACCAUUAUAGCCAGGUUUAUAAAAUGAAUAAGAAAGUACACUUAUUUUAAUAUUAUGAGUUCAAAAGAAUAAGAUGAUAUCUCAUCAUCACAAUUUUGCAGAAACCUCUCAUAAAAUGAUGUAAACUAAUUACUUUGAACAAUAUUAACCUCAAUAAUUAGAACUAAAAUAAGAUUUAGUUGAAAAAGCAAGAUAAUUAAGAGUUUCAAAUAUAUUUCUUGGAAAAGAAGUAUUAACUCUAUUUAAACCAAUUAGAAACUUCCUAUGAUUACUGCCUAACAAGAAUAUUAUAAUAAAAAAGAAGGAGGACCUUCUGCUUCUUUUAAACCAGGAUUUUAAUCAACACAUUUUAAUUUAGGAACAGUUAAUCCUGAUUAUCAAACAAUAAAUUAAGAAUAUUUUUAGAGAUAAGAAAUAUAAUCAAAUCCUUUUUCUGAAGAGAAUAGAUAUAAUUUGAGAGGUAACCCAAAAUGAAUUUCAUAUUAGCAACUCAUUUCAUUUUAGGUAAAGAUAAUCAACCUUAUUCAUCAGAAACUAUGUCUCAUUAUAGACCUUAUUCAGAAAAUAAAGUCAACUUUGAAAAUAAUACAUCAGCACUUCAAGGAAGUCAUUUUACAAUAGGAGAUCCAAGAUUUAUGAAUCAGAAAACUUAAACUUAUUACACAAGUACAAUGAAACCUCCUCAAAAAUUGUCAAAUUCUUAACCUCGUGAUUCAUAGAUGGACAGAGGAUCUAAUUUCAAAGUUGGUACUGAGAAUAUACUAUAUUAAUCGGAGACACAAUCUAAGUAUAUUUAUUUAUUUUCAUGAUAUGUUUAAGUUUCAAAAAUCCUUCUGGAAAGGCUGCUCAAUUAUCUGAAAAGGUUUUGAAGGAUUUAAGAUCAUCUCAUUUUGGAUUUAAUGAUUAUAAUGGUAGAAAUACGUUUAUGACAACAAAAUAAAUGGAAUCUCUUAAUUAAUAAUAAGGAUAUCCUAAUUAAUUAGAUUCUCAUACUAGUAAUAAUCUAAAGUAUUUAUUUGAUUGAGAUAGAUCACAUCAUUUUACAUUAGGACAAAAUAAUGUAGAUUUAAUAUCAUAAACACAUGAUAUACAUAGACCUUUAGAUGGAAAACCUAGUGUAUUAAAUUAAUAAUAAGCUAAUAAUUUAAGAAAAAAUCAUUUUGAAUUAUCAUGA